GUGGCUCCUGAGUCAGCCUAUUUAACUAUAAUUUAUAAGAAAUAACUCCGCUCUCGGAUUUCGUUUUCAGCUUAUUAAAUUUGUUGUUGCACGAAGAUGCCACCAAAAAAGGCGCCUGGUCCAAGCAAAAAGACGGAGCAAAAGAAAAAGGAGAAGGUCAUAGAGGAUAAAACAUUUGGUCUUAAGAACAAAAAGGGCACUAAGCAGCAGAAGUUUAUUCAGCAAGUACAGAAACAGGUGCAGGCCGGUGGCCAUCAUCCGCGACAGGAUGGCGAUAAGAAAAAGGAGGAUAAGGAAAAGAAAUUGGCGGAUCAGCGCGAACUGGCCAUGAUCUUUAAGCCAGUGCAAACCCAGAAGGUGGAGAAGGGCACCGAUCCCAAAUCUGUAGUGUGCGCAUUCUUUAAGCAGGGCACAUGCACGAAGGGUGAUAAGUGCAAGUUCUCUCACGAUUUGUCUUUGGAAAAUAAGGUGGAGAAGCGCUCGAUGUAUGUGGAUAUGCGUGAUGGCGAGGACGAUCCGAUGACCAACUGGGACGAUGCCAAGCUCAAGGAGGUGGUCGACAAGAAGCAUUCGGGCGAAAAGCGACGACCAACCACGGAUAUUAUUUGCAAAUACUUCCUGGAAGCUGUGGAAAAAUCCAAGUACGGCUGGUUUUGGGAAUGCCCCAACGGCGAAAAAUGCAUAUAUCGUCAUGCGCUUCCGUCUGGCUAUGUGCUCAAGAGAGACAAGAAAAAGGAAGAUAAACCGACGGAGAUCUCGCUGGUCGAUCUUAUUGAGAAAGAACGCGCUGCAUUAGGGCCCAAUCAGACUCGAGUUACUUUAGAAUCUUUCCUUGCCUGGAAGAAGCGCAAGAUACAGGAGAAAAAGGAAAAACUGGCAGCCGACGAGGAACGCAAAAAGAGCGACUACAGCAAGGGCAAACAGUUCGGUAUUUCUGGUCGCGAAAUGUUCAGUUUCAAUCCCGAUCUGGUCGACGAUGGUCCAAUUGAAGAAGGCGAUGCCGCGUUCGAUAUCUAUAAGCGCGAAGAGGAUGACGACGAUAAUAUCGUUGAGUUUAAGGAACUUGACUUGGCAGCACUCUCUCUGGCUGCUAAGGAGGUGGAUGGUUCCGGCACGAUUGCAUCCAGCACAAGAUUACUCGAUCAAGCAACAGAAGCAGCCAAGACAGCAGCAGCCGAGGACGCGGCGCCCUCUGCGUCCUGCGCUGACAGUGCGCCCGCCAUCAACAAAGAUCUAUUUGUGGAUUUGGAUUUGGCGGGCGAGCUAGACGAUCUAGAUCUUGACGAUGAUGAUGAGGAUGAUUAGCCGGCAUAAACAAGGAGAGCAACUCUUUGUUAUAGUUUGAUAUUGAAUUGCAUACACGUUCAUAUAAUGAUUUCUGCCUUUAGCAACUUUUGAUCAAUAAAAUUGUGGCUUUCACAUGUUGCAUAAA